CCCUCCCAGCUGAAGGCGCUCCCUGGUGGUCUUGUCUGUGACUUCAGGAAAACACCCCCUCCCAUACGGAAAAUCAUAAAGUGGGGGAUCAAAUGUAGGGCAGGAGGAAUGAGAGGAUGGUCUGAAUCGAGAGAUGUUUUCAACAUAGCCGGCUGAUGAUUCAUUUUGUGUGUGCUGCAGUUUGAGCUCGCGGAUGCUGCGCGGGGACAGACUCGUACUGAGAUGCUAAUGACAGGCCAAACCUAUCAAGCAUCCUCCUGUAUCGUGGAUGGAGCCCGAAGCUAAAUAGCUGAAAGACAAUAAAUCGGAAAAGAGCCAAAGGCCAGUUUGAUCCAGUCUGUAUAACGAGAACCGCACCAGCUGUGUGAGGAGGAGUGGCGGCAGCAGGGACAUGUUCUGAGCGGAGAGCCGGCGAGCGGCUGGCGGGAUGAAGGCGCCGAGGAGACCGAGGCAGACGCGCCUCCUCCCGCGGUUCUGCGUCUGUGGAGUCGGUCUGCUCGCAGCCGCCUGGAUCUUUAACUUCAACGAUGAUACAGGCUCCAAUGCAUCUACUGUGGAUCAGGAUAUCUCCCUGUCCAAGAAAGAGCUCUUGCAACAAGAAAAAGUCAACAAUGAAAAUUACAGUAUUUCUAGAUCCGCUAUCAGUGAUUUUCCUGAAGACCUCUUCACUCUGAAGCAGAAGAGACAGGGAGCGGUAGUCCUUCAUGUUCUCUGUGCGAUCUACAUGUUUCAUGCACUGGCAGUUGUGUGUGAUGUUUACUUUGUGCCAUCACUGGAAAAAGUAUCAGAGAACCUUCAGCUGAGUCAGGAUGUUGCCGGGGCAACCUUUAUGGCAGCCGGGAGCUCCGCCCCCGAGCUUUUCACCUCUCUUAUUGGGGUGUUUAUCACAAAAGGAGACGUGGGUGUGGGAACUAUUGUGGGAUCAGCUGUCUUUAACAUCCUGGUCAUCAUCGGCCUCUGUGGCAUCUUCUCUGGACAGACCAUCUCUCUGAGCUGGUGGCCUUUGUUUCGUGACGCUGCCUUCUACAUCCUGUCCAUACUGGUGCUUAUCCUGGUGAUCUAUGAUGAAAAAGUCAUGUGGUGGGAGACCAUCAUCCUGAUCUCUAUGUACGGAAUCUACAUAAUCAUCAUGAAGUUCAACAGAUCUCUGCGCAGCCUGACAGAGAGACACUGCAGCAGGGCAGGUCAGCCGUGGCUGAGCCGCCUGCGACGUACGACCGCUGUCGGAAACGUCGGAGACUGUGACAACGACAUGGUGCCGCUGAAGCCAGAUUCAUGUUCCGUGGCCGGCCAGGACUCAGGGGUGGUGAUGGUGGAUGAGCUGCUGAACCUGCACCCCCACCAGCUCUCCUUCUCAGAGAGGCAGAGGCUGAUUCGGGCCCGGGGUGGCCCAGAGGAAGGGGGUGCUUCGGGCGAGGAAGGUUUGGGUGCUAACGGGUCAUGGGGGACAGAGAACGGGACGGUGGCCGAGGGAGACAAGCAGCCUCUGGAGGGAGAGAGGGAGAGGGGGAAAGAGACGGGGGGAGAGACAGGUGGGGUAGCACAUCCUAAAGAGGAAGAGGAAGAGGAGGAAGAGCAGGAAGAAGGAGAGGACGAGAAUAUUCCUUUCAAACCCUUCACCCUGCCACAUGGUUGGUGUGUGCGUCUGAAAUGGCUGCUCUCUUGGCCCGUGAGCUUCCUACUUUACUUCUCCAUCCCCGACUGUAACCUGCCGCGGUGGGAGCGCUGGUACCUGCUCACCUUCCUGUCCUCCACCCUCUGGAUAGCCCUAUUCUCGUACCUCAUGGUCUGGAUGGUUACCAUAAUCAGCUACACACUUGGUAUCCCAGAAGUCAUCAUGGGCAUUACUUUUCUGGCAGCCGGCACCAGUGUCCCUGACUGCAUGGCCAGCCUCAUCGUUGCCCGACAAGGGAUGGGCGACAUGGCUGUUUCCAACUCCAUAGGCAGUAAUAUCUUUGAUGUGCUUCUGGGCCUCGGCUUCCCUUGGGCGCUGAGGACUCUCAUUGUCAGUUACGGAUCAGUGGUGACAAUUAACAGCAGAGGCCUGGUGUACUCAGUGAUUCUUCUGUUGGCCUCAGUCAUACUCACUGUCCUGUGUGUCCAUCUGAACUGCUGGAGGUUGGACCGCAGACUGGGACUCUGUCUCAUACUGCUCUACGCCAUCUUCCUCCUAUGCUCCAUCGGCUUUGAGAGUUUGUAGAGGACAUUCACACUCCCUGUACAUGUGCACGCAGAGUCAUGGUCCGACAUGUUUUCCACAUUCAGUGCUGCCGUUAUUCAUUAAAUAUACAGUCAGAUGAAUUUUCACUUUAAGAGUGGCUGUACACGUUUAAGCAGCGUUACUUCAACACCGGCUGCCUGAACGCUACAUUGUUUACCUUUGAUAAACGAGUAUUUUACAUAGUUUUGUACCGAGCACCUCCAGCCCAGAGUUUGUGAAAUCUGACCAAACUAAUUUAUAAAGUAUUGAAUUUGUAUUCUGAAACAAAGAAUAUUGUCUAUAUAAGGAAUCCUAAAGUUGGUUAAUUUACCUAUUAAUUGUUAAUGACUGCCACGAGUAACAUCGAUGACCAGAUGAUUACACUUGUAAGAUUAUAUAGUUGCUUUUCAUUGUGUGAAGUUAUUAUAUGUGAAUUUUUUUGUUGAGUUUUCAUCACACCUUUGUAUCUGUAGUUGUAAACAGCAAAGCAUGGCUGAUCAUCACGCUGCAGUUAAUUGCACUGAGCCACUGUUGUCUUGGCCUUGUACAUAACGUAACCCCCCCCCCCCCCCCCCCCCCCCCCCCCCCCUCUUUCCUCCAAGCUUCUCAGCACAGAGGUGGUGUUUUUGUGCUGGAACAAGGUGACUGUAUGCUACACGGUGUUUUUGAAUGUCUGUGUUUGGAGAGAGACGUUGCGUGUGUGUUGAGUUCAAUAAAAUGUUUUGUUCUGUGA